UCCGGCUCCAUCUUGGGCCGCUGCGCCGGGCACCUGUGGCGGCCGCAGGAGCAGCGCUUCCGCUGGCCUGCGCGGCCCCGGGCAGGCGAGAGGGCCGCCAUGAGCACCAGCCGCCCCGAGCCGGGUGCCCGGCCCCCCCGGAGCCCCCGCCCACUGCCCCUGUCCCGGAGCUCUUCCAGCCUGCUGGGUGAAGGCCGAGGGCAGAGACCAGAGCUCCGCAAGAGUGCCAGCAGUACCGUGUGGCAGGCCCAGCCGGGCGAGGCCAGCAGCGGUCCACAGGGCCCGGAGGAAGAGGGGCAGCCCGCUGAGGGCGUGGAGCAGCCACAGGCCUCCAGCCCCUGGCCCCGCGCUGUGGGCCACUGGCGGAGCAGCACUGUGGCCAACGUGUCUACCGUGGGCGGUAGUGAUCUGUGUCGCCUGAGGGCCUCCGGUGCCGCUGCCAUGCAGAGGAGCCACUGGGUCCGUAGCACCCAGACCCGGGGCCACAGUGUCACCCAAAAGGGCCUCAGCUGCUCGGCCCUUGGCAGCUCACCUGUCCACAGGGCUCGGCUGCAGCCCAGUCGUACUUCUGGCCAGGGAGGCCAGGCCCCUGCGGGCCUAGAAAGGGACCUGGCUCCGGAGGAAGGGACUUCGAACUCAGCCUGGACACUGGGAGAGAGUCAGGUGAGGGUAACGCCCCUAGAGCUGGGAGGGACAGCUCCCCACAGCAGUAGCCCCCAGGCCGGGCCCAAAGGCACUGGGCAGCCGGCCACCACCACCUGCCACACCCUGUCCCCAGCAGCUCUACUCUGUGGUAUGAGGGAAGUGGGGACCAGUGCCUGCUGCCAUGUCCUGCCAGCCCCAGGGAUCCUGGCCUUUCCCAAACUAGUGGCAUCUGUGAGUGAGUCUGGGUUGCAGGCUCAGCAUGGGGUGAAGUCCCAGUGCAGUUUGCCUGGGGGGCUCCCUGGGCAUUCCCACUGUUGUGCCCACCACCCUUGGGGUCCCACUGGGUUAGCCACGGAGCCUGGUGCCAGGACCAAGGAUGUGUGGACCAUGACCUCAGCCAGUGACUUGGCCCCUGUGUUGGCAUCCUCUCUGUCAGCUCAGGAUGCUGGUGUGCAGGCAGUGCCCAUGGUGGUCUGCAAGGCUGUGGCCACCAGCCCGCCCCUGGAAGCCCCCAUGGCCCUGCACACAUUCCCGGAGGUAACCCUGGGGGCCGGCCUGGAGGAGGCACCCUCCCCCAUACGCGAUGUGCGAUGGGAUGCUGAGGGCAUGACCUGGGAGGUGUACGGAGCUGCAGUGGACCCUGAGGUGCUCGGCGUGGCCAUCCAGAAGCAUCUGGAGAUGCAGUUUGAGCAGCUGCAGCGGGCGCCCCCCAGCGAGGACAGCCUGUCGGCGGAGGGCCGGAGGGGGCCACUGCGAGCCGUCAUGCAGUCCCUGCGGCGCCCCAGCUGCUGCGGCUGCCCCAGCGCGGCUCCCGAGUGAAGGGCCGUGGCCCUCAGAGCCAUCCUCGGCCCGUGGACUCAGCCCCAGGCCCGGGACACGGGGGGAGGGGGCACCGUGCUCCUUGGACCUGCUGGCGGCCAUGGACGUGUCUCUGCCGUUGGCAGCCUGGGGGCCUCCUGCUCCUCGCAGCUGGGCUGGUUUUGAAGGGCUUGAUUCCCAAGAGCCACAUCUCUGCACAUCGAGGCUCCGAACUUGGGGACAGACUUUCAGCACUGUGCAGAAGGGAGAUCCCGAUUCUUCUGUAAAGAUACUGGACGUUCUGUGUAGUCUCUCCUCAGAACUCUGCCAUGAUUUCCCCCCGAGGACUCUUGGUGGCUUUAUCGUAAAGCAGUGCUGAGCUAUAACACAUUCCUGACAUGAAAGUUGGGGCCCCAAGUGACAGGGACUGGCUGGGUCUUUAGGGAAAGGCACUGACGUUGUUGAGGACCUCCUAUGUGCCAAACACUGUGCUUGUCACCUUACCUUGUCGAGCGCUCACCUCUUUGCCCCAUUUCUGGAUGAAACCUCGGGUAUUUGGCAAGGCUGUAGCUCACAGGCCUGGGCUGGCAUGCUGGAGGGGGUGGGCUAAGAUUCAAAGCCAAGGCCGGCUGAAGGCUGUGCUGUUUUCCCUGCAGCACAUGGCUGGUCAGUGCAGUGCAGUCACGAAAGAAGAAUUCAUUGAGUCAGUAUUCUGUGCGGGGUUCUGUGGAUUCCUUGGGGAAUGAGACAGGCUGUCUGCACCCUUGCUGAGCUGACUGCAUGUGGGAGGUGGGGUACACAUCAGGACCAGGGCACUGAGCAUUAUAGGAGGGCCGGGGGUGCUGCUAUGAGCCAGCCCCCUUGUUGGUCAUUGUGUCAGGGGCUGGUCUCAAGAAGUGGAGGACAGGUAGCUCCUUAGCCCCAAAUAUGUUGGCAAUGCCUGGAAUCACAGCACUGUCAACCUCAUUCCUGUGGCUUAAGGAUUUAUUCCCAGCUGGUACUGUCCUUGGAAAGAGGGAUGGGAGAAAUGGAUGGGAAAAAGGGAAGAGCCUGGGGUGGGGUCUUUCACCUGGUGGGAAAUGGCCAGAGCUGGGAGGCUGUGGGGAGCAGGGAGGCCUGUGGGCCUGUUCUCCCAGUCCUGCCCCUGUGAGUUGAAAUGGGCCAGGCAAUGGGGAGGGGACGGGGAUCGCAGGGUGAGGGAGCUCAAGACACAGGCUUGGCAUAGCGUGACAUCAUUGCCCAAGGAUCUCCCAAACUCCUGUGGAGUUUGGGCACAGGCUUGUGUCCUCAUUCUGGGGCUUAACGUUGAAAAUCCUAAGCUCCUGGGACAAUCCGCCAACCUACCCUUAAGAGGGAGACAGGUUAGGGUGCUGCUCAGGGUCCCGUGGCUUGGGAGGGUGGAGUCUGGGCCCACAUACAGCCCUGCCCAUGACCUGGCCCUGGCCUCCUCCUAUACUGAGGAACCCGGGACCUGCCAACUGGCUUACCUUUCCCCACCUCAAGGCCCCCGUACUCACGGUGGUGGAAAUGACUCCUGCAGCAGUGGGUUGACUUUUUAAAGCAGGGGUGACACUCUGAUGGGCCGAAGUAACAAGGUGAGGAAAGUAUGCAUGAGGUCAGAGUGCCUCCCAAGGCCCCAGGAUGGGGCUUUCUUACCCCAAAACACGCCUUUCCAACUGUUGCUUAAAAAUGACAGCACAUCAGUACUGCUUCUGAGGGUGGGGCUGGGGCAAAGGGGAUUGGUGUGGGCGGGAGGGGACCUGAUCUUGCCCCCCUGUUAAAAUUCGAUCAAGCAGGUUUUCAUGCAUUCAUUGGCUCUGGGCACUGUGCAGCUUGGGGGCCUGGGCCUGUCUGUACCUCUGUGUGUUCUAUGGGGCAGGCACAUCACACUUGGGAGGGUGACGCGUGGGUACCAGGCUGCCCUCAUGCCUGGUGCUACACAGGGGCUCCGGGAGCCCCAGCUGUGGGGACACGAGACGAGAUGAAAUGGAGUGGGGAGGACACUAUCACACAGGGCCACAACUGAGCAGGGUCUUGAGGACACAGUGGGGCUGGGCAGGUGGACAGUGGGGAAAGGCACACCAGGCACACGGGACAGCCUGGUCAGAGACAUGGAGGUGCCUGUCCUGCUCAUGCCAUGGUGAAUCACCGCAAUGCAGGUGUGUUGGGGUGUUUGUUGGGUUGGGAGGCUAGCAAGGGGCCCCUAUGGUGAGGAUCCAGGUGUGAUUGAGGAAAGGGACUUCAGGGUUGCUGUGGAAAGGGUGGUGGGGCCAGAUUUCAUUUUAGAAGCAUCCCUUUGGCUGCCAUUGGAGAGAUUAGUAUAGAAGAGGUGGGAGGCAGGGGCCCAGGGGGAUGUGGUGUGCGAGCCAAGGAGGGGCCUGUUGGGGAGAUGGAAGCUGGGGCUCGGGCCACGCGCGCGCACAUACACACGCACACACAUCGUGCAGUGGAUUCGGAAAGGAGGAGUUCCAGGAGGCUGAGGUUUCUAGUUUGAACAAAAGGAGGUGAGGAGGCAGGUGAAGGGUCACAUGCCAGGAUAUUUGGCUGGGACCAGUGAAACCCUUAAGAGACUUUCUCUGUCAUAUGCAAAUUGCCACGAGUUCAUUCUCUGUUCGGCUGAUGGAUGCCAAGCUGUGCCGCUUCUAGGCUGCACCGGGCGUGCCAGGAUGGCGGGCUGGGCUGGGCUGGGCCCUGAAUGGGAAGGGCUAGCCAAACCUUCCACCCAACUCAUCAUGCCCGAGAUAAAUGUUUGCAGGGUGGUACUGGAAUCCAGGUGUGUCGGGCCGUGGGGCUGUGCAUGGCUGGGGCCCCCAUCAGACCCUCCUGGUUAGGCUUGCUGCCCUGGCCGUGGACUCACAGGCCAGACUGCACAGCCUCGGCCAGCGGGCUUACCUAGAGUGACUGCAGCGGAAUCCCUGAGUUUGUCCUGCAGAACGAACCCCUCACCCCCAUCCCCUUGCCGUGGCCCCUCCCUGGCCAGGCCUGACCAGUUGUGGUUUAGGGACUCAAGACAAGGCCACCAGCUUAGUUUACAGAUCUCCCCUCAGAUUCCAGAUGUCCGACCAGCCUCUCUGGGUCCCCUUCAGGCCCUGCUCUGGGAGGUGGUGGAUUUCAUUAUCUGUACAGUUGUUUUGUUUUGAAUUUGAAAUAAAGUAUUGGAGGUCAGAGCUUC